CGCAGUGCAAACUCCGAGCCCCAGUGAUUUCCUGGCCCACCCUCUUGGGUAAAUUGGACGGAGCUCGGCCGUUGGCCUCCCGGAUUCUGGCCGGGAAGAGUUCCGGGGAACUGUGUCCGGUGUUUGUGGGGGAGCUCCAGGACCUGCCUGGGGCUGCAGGAGCCGGUGCACCCGGAACUGGGGGGACCCCGGUCGCUUUCCAGUCCUGCUGGGGGCAGAGUGGCCAAAGACGUUCAACAUAUUUCUACUUGGCCUCGUCCUACAAAGCAUGUUAGUACAGUGGUAAAGAGAACAGAACCUGGAGCCAGAGAGAUAGCUCAGUGACUGCAUGCGCCGAGUCGAGAGCACCCCCUGAGCACUGUUAGGAGGACGCACCUCGCUCUGGCUGCAAUGGACCCGCUGCCAGGUGUCCCCUGGACCGUCGUCAUCCUCACGUGCCAGUACAAGGACAGCGUCCAGGUCUUCCAGAGAGAGCUGGAGGUGCGGCAGAAACGGGAGCAGAUCCCUGCCACAACGCUGGUGCUGGCCGUGGAGGACCCCGAAACCCGCGUGGGCAGUGGAGGCGCCACCCUCAACGCCCUGCUGGUGGCUGCUGAGCAUCUGAGUGCCCGGGCGGGCUUCACGGUGGUCACGUCAGAUGUCCUUCAUGCGGCCUGGAUUCUCAUCCUGCACACGGGCCGAGACUUCCUCUUUGAUGAGUGUGGCCGGGCCUUCACCUGCCUCCCUGUGGAGAAGCCCCAGGCUCCCGUGGAGGCCGUGGUCUGCAACCUGGACAGCCUGCUCGACAUCAUGAGCCACCGGCUGGGCCCAGGCUCCCCGCCGGGCGUGUGGGUCUGCAGCACCGACAUGCUGCUGACGGUACCUCCAAACCCAGGUAUCAGCUGGGACGGCUUCCAUGGAGCCAGAGUCAUUGCUCUUCCUGGCAGCCCAGCCUACGCCCAGGACCACGGGGUCUAUCUCACCGAUCCCCAGGGCUUCGUUUUGAACAUUUACUACCAGGGCUCUGAGGCAGAGAUCCAAAGCUGUGCCCAGCCCGACGGGCAGGUGCCACUGGUCUCGGGCAUCGCCUUCUUCUCCGUGGAGACGGCCGAGCGCCUCCUGGCCACCCACGUGAGCCCGCCCCUGGACGGCUGCACCUACAUGGGCUUGGAUUCCGGAGCCCGGCCGGUCCAGCUGUCUCUCUUCUUCGACAUUCUGCUCUGCAUGGCCCGGGAUGUGAGCCUGCAGGACUUCCUGCUCAGGCAGCCCCAGGAGACGGGCAGCGGGGACCCCGGCACCCAGAGCACUCUUCGGGCCGCCCGGACCUUGCUGUGGAAAGAGCUCCGAGACCAGCCCCUCACCAUGGCCUAUCUCCCCACCGGCUCCUACCGCUACCUGACAAACUCAGCCAGUGACUUCCUGCUCAGCCUCAUGUUCCUGGGGGUCCCCGCCCAGGUGGUGCACUCGCAGGUGGAGGAGCCGCAGCUCCUGGGGGCCGGGAGUUCCGUGCUCAGCUGCCUGCUGGAGGGCCCUGUCCGCCUGGGUCCUGGGAGCGUCCUGCGGCACUGCCACCUGCGGGGUCCCCUUCACAUCGGCCCCGGCUGCCUCGCCAGCGGCCUGGACGCGGCCCAGUCGGAGGCCUUGCAAGGCUGGGAGCUGCGGGACCUGGUUCUGCGGGGCCACUAUGUGCGGCUGCAGGACACCCCCAGCCAGAUCUUCACCCUCAUGGGCCGUCUGGACAGUGGGGAGAGACGCCCAGGCACCUACCUCAACAUGGCCUGGAGUGAGUUCUUCCGGAAGACUGGUGUUCGAGAGCAGGACCUGUGGGACCCCAGCGUGCCGCCCGCAGAGCGUUCCCUCCUCAGCGCCCGCCUCUUCCCGGUGCAUCACUCCUCCAAGGCCCUGGGACCCCGAGACAUGCUGUGGAUGCUGGAACCCCCGGAUGAUGGGGGCGAGGCCCUGCAGACCUGGAGGGUCUCCCAGCGCCUGUCCUGGGAGCAGCUGCAGGCGUGCCUGGACCGCACGGCCACGCUGGCCUCCCGCCGGGCCCUGUUCUUCCGCCAGGCCCUGCAGAAGGCCCGGCACAUGCUGGAGGCGCAGCAGGACCGCAGCCUGCGCCCGCUGAUCAGGGCCGCCGUGGGCGAGGGCUGCCCUGGGCCCCUGCUGGCCAUGCUGGACCAGGUUGCAGCGGGUGUGGGGGACGCUGGCGUGGCGGCCCGGGCGCUGGCCUGUGUUGCCGACGUUCUGGGCUGCAUGGCGGAGGGCCACGGCGGCUUACGAAGCGGGCCGGCUGCCAACCCCGAGUGGCUGCAGCCCUUCUGGACGCUGGAGCGCGGAGACCUGGCGGCGGGCGUGGCGGCGCUGGCCCGGGAGCGCGACAAGUGGCUGAGCAGGCCAGCCCUGCUAGUGCGAGCCGCCCGCCACUACGAGGGGGCCGGGCAGAUCCUGAUCCGCCAGGCGGUGAUGUCGGCCCAGCGCUUUGUGUCCACGGAGCCCGUGGAGAUGCCGGCAUCCGGGCAGUGGGUGGUGGCAGAGUGCCCGGCGCGCGUGGAUUUCUCUGGGGGCUGGAGCGACACGCCGCCCCUGGCCUACGAGCUGGGGGGUGCCGUGCUGGGCCUGGCUGUGCGGGUGGACGGACGCCGGCCCAUAGGGGCCCGGGCCCGGCGCAUCCCAGAGCCCGAACUGCGGCUGGCGGUGGGGCCUCGGCGGGACGAGAUGACCUUGCGGAUCGUCUGCCGGAGCCUGGAGGACCUGCGGGAUCACUGCCAGCCGCACGCUCCAGGGGCCCUGCUGAAGGCGGCCUUCGUGUGCGCGGGGAUCGUGCACCCGAGCUCUGGGCUCCCGCUGAGUGACCAGCUGCUGCGCGCCUUCGGGGGUGGCUUCGAGCUGCACACCUGGUCCGAGCUGCCCCACGGCUCUGGCCUUGGCACCAGCAGCAUCCUGGCGGGUGCGGCCCUGGCGGCCGUGCAGCGGGCAGCAGGUCGAGCUGUGGGCGCCGAGGCCCUGGUCCACGCGGUACUGCACCUGGAGCAGGUGCUCACCACAGGAGGUGGCUGGCAGGACCAAGUGGGUGGCCUGAUGCCCGGCAUCAAGGUGGGCCGCUCCCGUGCCCGGCUGCCUCUGAAGGUGGAGGUGGAAGAGCUCGUGGUGCCCGAGGGCUUUGUCCAGACGCUCAACGACCACCUGCUCCUGGUGUACACCGGCAAGACCCGCCUGGCACGCAACCUGCUGCAGGAUGUGCUGAGGAGCUGGUAUGCCCGGCUGCCCGCCGUCGUCCAGAAUGCCCACAGCCUGGUGCAGCACACGGAGCGGUGUGCCGAGGCCUUCCGCCAAGGGAGCCUGCCACUGCUCGGCCAGUGCCUGGCCACAUACUGGGAGCAGAAGAAACUCAUGGCUCCAGGCUGCGAGCCGCGUGCUGUGCGGAGACUCAUGGAUGUCCUGGCGCCCCACGUGCACGGCCAGAGCCUGGCGGGGGCGGGUGGCGGGGGCUUCCUCUACCUGCUGACCAAGGAGCCACGGCAGAAGGACGCUCUAGAGGCCGUGCUGGCCAAGGCUGAGGGCCUGGGGAACUACAGCGUCCACCUGGUGGAAGUGGACACUCAGGGCCUGAGCCUGCAGCUGCCGGGGAGUGAGGCGUCACCCUGACAUGCCGUCCUGCACCGCGGGCCCCCUGGCCAGAGAUGCUGUGAUGCACCU